AUGAGAGCCAGGAUGUCGUUUCUUCGGAAAUUAAAAGCAUCCGCAUCGAGUUGGCCUGGGUCUCGUGGCCUGCCACGUCGCACGUUCUCGGUCCAAUCUAGCAACGACCUUUUCGAGUAUACUUCCGGGCGCUGGGUUUACAACGAUGCCCUGCGACAGACAGAGCGGAGACGCGUCUUCAACGUCGACGUCCUCCGCCAACUCGCAGCCCAAUCCAUAAACCGAAGCCCAGACGACAUCCAUCACUUAACCAAACUAGCAGAAGGCGGUUUCAACCGUACCUUCCUCAUCACCAUGAGAGACGGUUUCCAAAUGGUAGCCCGAAUCCCAUACCCGUGUACACUACCCAAGUUCUACGCCGUCGCGAGCGAGGUCGCUACGAUGGAUUUUCUCCGGUCGUCUGGGCUUCCUGUGCCGGAGAUUUAUGGGUAUUCGCCUACUGAGGACAACGAAGCUGGGACGGAGUAUACGUUUAUGGCGUUUGUCCGGGGUGUCAAGUUGAGCGACGUUUGGUAUGAUUUGGACGGGUCUGGGAUGGUGUACGUCCUACGCCAGCUUGUCGAGCUCGAGGCAAAGAUGAUGGCUCUCUCAUUCCCGGCGAGUGGGAGUCUCUAUUACUCGCGGGACUUAGAACAUAUCGGCGCACCAGGGAUACCGCUUGAGGACCAGCGUUUCUCUGUAGGCCCAGAUACCCGCCUCCCUCUAUGGUUUGGCAGGAGGUCGCAGCUUGACGUAAACAGGGGACCACAAGCCGCACUAGCCAGCCCAGCAUUCAAAGAGCUGGCAUAUCUCGAGAAAUUCGGCCAACCCCUCCUCCCGUUUCAGCGGAUGCGAAGAGAGGCUUACGAGUACCAAGAACAAUCGCCUCUAGACCACAUCGAGAACCUGCACCGGUACCUCUCCAUAGCUCCCUCGCUCGUACCGAGAGACCCAAGCCUGCACCACUUCUGCGUCCGUCACCCCGAUCUCACCACCUCCAACAUCAUCGUUUCCAAAUCACCUGGAUCCGACAUCGGUCACUGGGAUGUAGCAGGCAUCCUCGAUUGGCAGCACGCUUCAAUCCUUCCCCUAUUCCUCCACGCCGCGAUUCCCUAUCACAUUCAGAACUACGGUGACCCCAUUUCGGAGGGUAUGAUCCCACCCUCACUACCCAAAAACCUCGCCGAGAUGGGCGAGAACAAGCAGAGUCGGGUGCGAGAAGUCCACCACCGCCGACUCGUGCACUACCACUACGUCAAAACCACAGAAGAGCUCAAUAAACGGCAUUAUGCAGCCUUGAUGGCACCGAUGGGCGUACUCCGCCGACGGCUCUUCGAAUAUGCCUGUAAUCCCUGGGAAGGCGAGACGAUCCAGCUCAAGUUCCCUCUCACAGAAGCAGUGGAGAACUGGGGAGCGCUCUCCGGCGGAAAUGCUCCCUGUCCGAUCGAAUUUGAGGCUGACGAUAUCGAGGAGACGGGGAAGCUGCAGGAGAAGCAGGAAGGCGCAGAUCAGGCCUGGGAGAUGGUACUUCAGAGUAUUGUGGGAUGCGGGGAGGAGGGGUGGGUGCCGAAUGAGGAUUACGAGGAGGCUCUGGAACGGUGUAGGAUGCUGAAGGAAGGGGUGUUGGCUCAGGCCGUGUCGGAGAAGGAGCGGGCUGAGAUUGAGCAACAUUGGCCUUUGGAUGAUAUGGACGAGGGGAAGUACAUGUGA